AUGCAUGCCUUUAUUGUUUUGUGUUUAGUAGCGGCCGUCAGUGCUGGUCGUUUGGGUUAUAAUUAUAAUCCAGGUAGCAUCGGCAAUACUGGCAUCAUUGGGGGUGGCAGCAUUGGUAGCACUGGCAGCAUUGGUAGCGUUGGUAGUGUUGGCAGCAUUGGUGGUGGUAGCAUUGGCAGUGGUGGACUGGCUGGUCCAGUCAGCUACAAUGCCGCACCACAAGUCCAAUACGAUAAGGAGUUCUAUUCAUUCUAUGCCAACGAUGAUGACUUCGAUGACAAAGACGCUGCUCGUAAGAUCGCUGCCUCGCUAAAGAAGAGCGUCCGUGUGAUCUUCAUCAAAUCACCCGAGAAUCGUGGCUAUGAGAACGCAGUUCUGGCUUUGGCCAAGCAGGCUGCCGAGCAACAGACGGCCAUCUAUGUGUUGCACAAACAGCACGACCUUAACGAGCUGGCCAACAAAUUCAAUGCCGUUCGCAAUAAUAAUAGCAAGAAGCCCGAGGUGCACUUCGUCAAGUACCGCACCCCUGAGGACGCUGCCAAUGCGCAACGCGCCAUUCAAAGCCAGUACGACUCAUUGGGCGGCACAUCCCAGUCGAUUAAUGGUGGUGUGGCCAAUGCACUGAACUUUGCCUCUCGUUCCCCGGCCCCAGUGCAAAUCGGUCAACCCCAGGUGCCCGACGCCAAUUACUUACCCGCCUCGAUUUUGCGACGUCUCCGUCUGCGCCAUUAA